AUGAUUGCCUAUCCAGAAACGGAACAAUUUCGUAAUGUUAUAUCAAAAGUAGUACGGAAAGUACGUGGAAAAGAAGAAGAAAAGCGAAAUAACCCAUUACCAUUACUAAAAUUUAUUGGAACAGUAAAAUUACAUGGUACAAAUUCAGCUAUAGGAUUUAAUAAAGAACUUGGCCAUUGGUUUCAAUCUCGUAAUAAUGUUAUUACAUCAAUUAAAGAUAAUGCUGGUUUUGCCAAAUAUUUUGAACCAUUUUCAAAUGAAUUUAUACAAGAAAAACUUUUGAAUACAAAUACAAUAAUUCGUGAAGAAUAUGAAAAAGGAAAUAGUAUUAUUGUUUUCGGUGAAUGGUGUGGUGGAAAUAUUCAAUCCAAUGUUGCCAUUACUGGUCUACCAAAAAUGUUUGUUAUAUUUAAAAUUAAAAUUGUUUAUCCACAAUUAUCACCAUCUCAAGAGUUAGAUGAAGAUCAAAAACAAGAAAAAGACAAAGAAGAAGAAGAAGAAGAAGAAUCAGAAACAAAUUCAUUAUCGUAUUGGUUACAGCCACAAGAAUGGUCAAAAAUUAAUUGGCAUGAAAAAUUAAUUUAUAAUAUUUAUGAUUUUCCCGUAUAUGAAAUUGAUAUUGAUUUUAAUGAGCCAAAAAUGAUACAAAAUAAAUUAAUUGAAUUAACCGAUGCUGUUGAAAAACAAUGUCCAGUGGGAUUAUUUUUUAAUCGUCCAGGUUUAGGUGAAGGUAUUGUAUGGACAGAAUGGGCCACAACACAUGGAACUUUAACUUUCAAAGUUAAAGGACAAGAACAUGCCGUAACAAAAGUAAAAACAUUGGCAGCGGUUGACACUGAAAAAUUAAAUUCAGUACAAGAAUUUAUUGAUUAUGCAUGUACGGAUAAUCGCAUGAAACAAGGUUUAGAUUAUUUACGUGAACAACAGAUAGAUUCUAAAGAAAUGAAAAAUGUUCCGGUAUUUUUAAAAUGGUUAACAAAUGAUAUUAUAAAAGAAGAAAAAGAUACCAUGGAUAAAGCACAACUAGAUCCCAAAGAUGUAACGAAAGCGAUAACGACAAAAGGACGAACAUGGUACAUGAAUAAUAUCUAA